UAUAAAAGCAGAGAGAGGGAUUUGAUGUGUGGUAGAAAGGUUGGUGGUGGCUGAGAUAAGAUUGUAGUAGCACACAUUCAACAAUGGCCUCUGCUUCCGCCACUCUUCUCAAGUCAUCUCCGGUUAUCGACAAGUGCGAGUGGGUCAAAGCUCAGACCCUCCGCCACACUCCGCCGCUAUCGGUUCUCAGAUGCAACCCCGCUUUCACCGUCAGAGCUUCCUACGCCGAUGAGCUCGUCAAAACCGCGAAAACAGUGGCCUCGCCGGGGCGUGGAAUUUUGGCGAUGGAUGAGUCAAAUGCAACCUGCGGGAAGCGUUUGGCGUCGAUUGGGUUGGAGAACACCGAGGCUAACCGUCAAGCGUACCGUACCCUACUUGUCACAGCACCCGGUCUUGGUCAAUACAUCUCCGGCGCCAUUCUCUUCGAAGAAACUCUCUACCAAUCCACCGUUGACGGAGACAAGAUCGUAGACGUUCUUCUUCAACAGAACAUCGUUCCCGGUAUCAAGGUCGAUAAGGGUCUGGUGCCUCUGGCUGGUUCCAACGAUGAGUCAUGGUGCCAAGGUCUGGAUGGUCUUGCGUCUCGCUCAGCUGCAUACUACACUCAAGGUGCCCGUUUCGCCAAAUGGCGUACUGUUGUGAGCAUCCCCAACGGCCCCUCUGCUUUGGCAGUGAAGGAAGCUGCCUGGGGUCUAGCUCGCUAUGCUGCCAUUUCACAGGAGAACGGGUUGGUCCCCAUUGUAGAGCCAGAGAUCUUGCUUGAUGGUGAACAUGGCAUUGACAGGACAUUCGAAGUAGCGCAAAAGGUGUGGGCUGAGGUUUUCUUCUACCUUGCUGAGAACAAUGUGCUGUUUGAGGGUAUUCUCUUGAAGCCCAGCAUGGUUACUCCAGGAGCUGAGUCCAAGGAUAGGGCCACUCCUGAGCAAGUUUCUGACUACACCCUCAAGCUCCUUCACAGGAGAAUCCCACCUGCUGUCCCUGGAAUCAUGUUUUUGUCCGGUGGACAGUCUGAGGUUGAAGCAACGUUGAACUUGAACGCGAUGAACCAGUCUCCGAACCCAUGGCACGUGUCGUUCUCCUACGCCAGAGCACUCCAAAACACGUGCUUGAAGACAUGGGGAGGGCGUCCAGAGAACGUUAAAGCAGCACAAGACGCACUUCUUUUCCGUGCCAAGUCCAACUCUCUCGCUCAGCUUGGAAAGUACACAGGAGAAGGUGAAACCGAUGAAGCCGCUAAGGGGAUGUUCGUCAAAGGCUACGUCUACUAAGAUUGUCAUACACAUUAAUCUCUCUAAAUUGUGUUGUGCUUUUUAUGGUCUUGAACACUAUUUUUAUUCAUAUUGAUUACUCGUACCUUUUCAACUUAAUGAAUGAACUUCUCGCCAUCCAAA